CCUAACGCAAGCAAUCGCGUGGACGGAAGCACGCAGCUCUGCCAUGUUUGUACUCCCUCCGCUAGUUAGUUAGCAACUUAGCACAGCGGGGGACCGAGGAGCCGCGCUCGCUGUUUUCGCCGUUGCGUCGAAAGCUUCAACCAUUCAAAACCCACGUUUCGCUUAAUCGAAAUGUGGACUUUCUGAGCUAAUAACAAAUGUUACCCCCAGCUGUGUAACUCACACCCCGUAAACGGAAAGCGCUCCGAGCCAUGUCGGCCAAUGACGAGGAUUAUAUGUUUGACCAAUAUGACAAGCCUGGAACGGAGCGUUCACGCAGGAGGAGGGGUGAAGAUGACGAUUUGGAGAGUGACUUGGAGGAGGAUUUGUUAGAAGAAUUUUCGCCAUCGGGUAAGAAGAAUCUUUCUGAAGAUGAGGAUGAAGAGUUGAAUGAUGCUCUUCUACAGAGUGAUGAGGAGGAGGACUUGAGUGGUCAGGAAGUGAGCUUCAACGCCACCUACGGCUUCGAUCUGGAAGAGAAUGCUCAGCAUUACUCGGAAGAUGCAGUCAACCUGGGCACCGAUGACUACGAGGACGUGGAGCCGGGUUACUUGCAGGACGAAGGGGACGAGGAGUACGCGGACUACACCCACGAUGAUGUGCCCGAAGAGGGUUACACCACGGGAGAAGCGCUCGACAUCCAGAUCAAUGAGCCCAUCGACGGGACAUUUCAAGACAAUGUAUACCAAACAUAUGAGGAUGGAGGAGGAGUCGAGCAAGAAGUGGCCCCCGAGGAGGAAAAUUUAGGGGAUAAACAGCCGCAAGCGGUGGAAGACUCCCAGGUCGUUGAAACUGAAGAGAUGGAAAACAAAGCCAUACCUGAAGAAAAACAAAAGGAGGACUCUGAUGAUGAAGAGGACGAAGAUGGAGACUCCGGUCGUAUUCGCUUCAAGUCAGAGAGAAAGGAUUUUGGUAUCGUGCGCUUGGCUGACGCAGGCACUAAGCGGAGGAAUAUCCCGGAGACCCUAGAACUAUCAGAGAAGGCCAAAAGAGAUCUCAUAGAGUUUGAGGCGCAAGAACAGCAGAAACGGCAAAAUCGCUACGGAGGCCGAGGAGGAAGAGGAGGAGGCCACGCUGGAUUUGGAAUACACAACAUGAGAGGAGGAAACAGAGGAAGGAUGAACAACCACAACUUCCACCAAAGGGGCAAUAUGGGAAUACGGUCCUCUCGAAUGCCUCUCCUCCGUCUUCACCAUCAGCAGCAGCAGCAGCAUCGCCAUCCUUUGUCCCGGCCGCGGGGACCCCACCCUUUCCAAGAACACAGGCGGCCACACGUACAGCAACCCCCGCAGCCCCUCAUCCCGCCCCACAUGACCCACCGCACGCCGCCACUACAGCCCCCGAUGGAGCCGCGAUUGAUGGGCUCCCCGCCGCCAGGUUUCGUCCAUCACCACAACCAACAACAACAACAACAGCAGCAGCAGCAGCCGCCUCCGCCACCCCUGCAACCUAAAAACAUCCACAUUAACCCCCAUUUCAAAGGCUCGGCGCCAUCUUCUGUGCCAGUGCCCUUGAUGCCUCCUGCUCCGAGCCAGCCUAGGCCUGCUGUGGGUCCUCAAAGGUUUCCUGUACCGGGGGACUUCCAUCAACACAUGCCAAACAAUUUUGGUCAGCCCCAGCGGCCGCCUCCUCACAUGGAGCCCUUCAGGAACCAGCCGCAUCAAGGCCCCCAGGACAGAGAGCCCCUCUUUAUGGGAGGCCCAGAACGCACAGAUCCGACAACCUUUCCAGGGCAGCUCAUGUUUGAUCACCAAGGUCCCAACCCGCUCAUGAACACCAACCUGCAUCAGCAGCAGAUGCCCGGUCAGGUCCAUAUGGGUUUCGGUUUACCAGGACCGCCCUUCGGUCAGCCGGGCCCGCAGGGGCCACUAGGACUGUUCUCCAGAGAGCCGCCAAGACCCAGCCUUCCCCCUCCCCAAGUCCACCAGGGGAUGGUGAGCUUGAAUCAACAAGGUCCCCCACCCAACCAGUCCAGACCCUUCAUGAACCCUCGUCAGCCCUUCAGUCAGCAGGGGCUCCUUUUCCCUCCGCCCCAAGCCCAAUUUGGCAUUCAGGGCUUGUUGCACGGACCCCCUCAGCCUACGCACCAGGACCCCCUACCUUCUCAUCCACCCAUCCACCAACAGCACCAUAGACCGGAGCUCGUCCGUCAACAGCUGAACCGCAGCGAGCCUCCUCACUUGUUGCACCACGGGCAGAAUCUCUUCCAACAACAGACGUCGCACGGCAGUCCGAGACAGUCAAGCCCUCGGCUCCAAAACCUACAACAGCGCAACAUGGCCAACAGGCAAAGGAUGAACACACCUUCCAAGCAAAUCCACCCUCAGCGCAACAGCAACCUACGGGAGCUCCCCGUAGCACCUGGCAACACAAACAUGAGCACCUCUCACCCCACUGGCUCCCUCGGUGCCAACGUCAGGCCUGUUGCUAAGGCAAUGCAGGGUGUGCACCCCGCGCAGCAUGCUCAUGCGGUGCCCGCAGGCGGCAGAGGGAGAGGCCAGGUUGCCGCCAAAGCUGCCCAGCAGCCCUUGGCCGCGGGCAGGACGGUAGUUUGCAAGGAAAGCCCAAGCAAUGUCAAUCCGCAGGACCUCGACGAGGACGAAGAGACCCGGCAAUACCGACUGAAAAUCGAGGAGCAGAAGCGCCUCAGAGAGGAGAUCCUGAAAAGAAAGGAGCAGAGGCGGCAGAUGCAGGCCGGCGUCAGGAAGAAGGAGCUGCUGGACCGGAUCAACACCCAAACUUCAGCCCAAAGCCUACCACCUACACAGCAGCCGACAGCCCAGCAAAACCAGCUGGCGCCGAGCGUCCCGCAGCAUCUGCUGGCACCGGCGCCGCAGCAACCGCAGGAGCAGCGGCAGCCUCCGCAGUUGCAGCAGCAGCGACAAAGACCCCAGCAGUCAGUCGUACAAUCGCUCUGUAAUCCCAAUGGCGCGGCUCAGGCGCAAACGCCCCGUCCCCAUGUCAAGACGCGCUUACAGAUGGGAAGAGGAAAUAGCCAGCAGCAACAGACUCUUAGGCCCGGUCCGGAACAGCAAUGGACGCAGCCCCCACAAAACCCUAUGCAGCAGCAGAGAAGGACAAGCGGGUCGCCGAACGUAAACAAACCCAGCACUCCGAACCAGUUUGCUCAGAUCCCCCUAAAAAACAUCCCAGUGACUCCCGCCAUGGGGCUUUGCCAGCCCCAGGCUCAAGGCCUGAAAUCCGGGGCUAAAAGAACAGUGAUGCAGCGGGCCAAACUCGCUGAUAGUGAAGGCCAGCAGGUGCCGCAAAAAGUCAGAGUGGUCAAACUUUCCGGCGGGCCUGGACAGAUCCCAGAGGCCACGGGCAUCCCAAUGCAACAGCAGCACCAACAAGGCACCUGGCAGGACAAGCCUCUCCGGCAGGGCGUCCAAAGGAAGAUCACCGUGGGGGGGCAACAGCUGUACGGUGCGGGUGGAAUGCAACAGGUGGGCCGAGGGGGCAUUGGCAACCCGCAGCAGAGCAGGGUCGUCGUGCCGGGCCGAGGGAGAGGCAUCCAUCACGUAGGUCGAGGAGGUCUGGCGGGCGCCUGGCAAGGCCAGAAGAUGGGCGAGAAUCAGCGGCGCACCGUCACCAUCGAGGGCCUCUCGUCGUCCACCACUGACGUGCAACUGCAGAGCCUUUUGAAGUCCAUUGGCCCCAUAGAGAUGUUCAAAUUGAUACCUCAGCAAAGGAAAGCGAUCGCCACCUUUUCAAGUCCCCAGCAUGCCGCAAGUUUUCAAAUGAGCUUUCAUAGGCACAUGAUUGAUUUGUCCCACAUUGACGUGAAGCUGAUUGAUGGAUGAGCGAAGCGCCCUCAAAGGCCAGGAGCGCCAGCGGUCUCUACCCCGGGCCCCCCCACACUCUCCCCACGUCCCCCCCAACACGGUGGCCCCUCACCCCUACCGGCGCGCUCACAACCUCCAAACCUCGCCGUGCAUAUGCGCUCCCUCUGCCAUUUAGGGGUCAGCCGGCCAUCAUGUCUGCAUGCGGAUGUCGCCCUCGGGACCUGGACCAAUACGAGACUAUACAGCAUGCUUGAUGACCUUUGCCCAUAGUCGGGGAAUGACACUGGAGACACAAGUCUAGUUUGUUUUUGUACAGUACACAUAAACACUAAAAGGCAGGAUAAUGGUUGCCCCUCCCCCCCUUUCCCCCCUGCACUGGAACAUUAUAUUCAUGAAAAAAAAAUAAAUAAAACUCGCUUGUUUGUCCAGGCGGAGGUUGUAGUAGGCUGUGCUCUGUAGAUGGCAGCAUCGUAUCAAUUGUUUGAGGCGGAUGGGUCUAACGCCAGCGUUCAGCGGCAAAUAGCCCUUUAAAUCAAGGCCCUCCAUUCAUAACGGUCUCCACUCAGUGUGGUGCUUUUCAGUUUAGGUCCCUUAAUUAACGACAAGCUUCUUUUAAUGGAAUUUCCACAGGUUUCAUACCUUUCGUGAUGUCUAUUUUAGUUACCGAAAGAGGAAACAUGAAUUGGUAUUUUUUUUUUUUUUAAAUUGGGUGGUGUGCUUUGUUAGUUUUCAGUCUGUGUUUGUUUUUUUUUAUUUGAAUAGUUUUUAAGAGUAAUAUAAAAUGAUGGCAUGUUUAGUGUUUGUCUUUGGCAUCCUCCUCUCAAAGGUUUAAACAUAAAUGCAAGAAUUUCCACAUUUAAUUUCAUGACAUAGCACGCUGAAUACUCGAGUAGCUUCUAGCUCGGGGUGUUCUGCGAGUCAGAAUGAAUUAAGUUUAUCCUGAAUGUCACCAGGAAGCUUCGGGAAAGAUCAACGUGACGCACUUUUUAACAAGUCGCUCCUGCCACGUCAUUUAACGCAAAUGUGUGACAUCUGCACUUUUAAACCUGUAAGGGGGUAAGCGUUAUAAUUGACUCAGACAUUAUGUACCGUUCAACCUCAUCUUUAUGACGUAGCCUUUAUAGAAGUGUCGCACGAUAUUUGAGGAGGAGCGGGCAGCCAUUAUCCAUGCGGAAAUAUGUAAAUAGCAGGACAUUGUCCCGCGGAAGCCCUUUGUUUGGCGUCGCUAACUUGUGUGCUGUGUCGAGAAAAAGACAUUAUGUCAAAUGUCCAAGUGUAAAUAUCUUUUACUAUUAGUUUGUGUCGAAACGACAAAUAAUGACCGCAUCUCUGUUGGUGGUGGGGAGGGUGGGGGGGAUGAUUUCUUGAGGGGAAAAAUAAAAAAAGAUGGCCAAUAUAACCGUGAACGAGCGGGUAUGUGAAGCCGGUUGAACUUCCGAAUUGUGUGCCGUCCAUGUUUGUGCUGCGUUCUAGCAGGUAGAUGUCAUUCAUGUAUUUGUUCUCUUUUCCGUAUUCCACUUUUUGCUGCUUUUCACACCGCACGUUUAUGGGUAAAUCCUCUCAAACCGAGGACGGUUUGACCUCAUGACGAGUACCUACCUCAAAAAAUCAGGGGAGUGCCACUGAAUUUUAAAAUGAUUGAUGAAAUAUUAACGAGACAUGGAUGCUAGUAUAAACAAUCUCACAAGGUUUUUUUUUUUUUCCCUGAGUGGCCGAGUGGUCAGUUUUGUUAGUUCUUUUGAACGUUACACACAGGAAGUGAGCAGUUUAUCCCGUCUCUGAGUGUUUUACAUAUUUUUGUGGUAGGAUUCUUUAGUCAGGGUUAAUAGUGGCGUGUGAUUUUGUCCUUCCGUCAGUGGUUCAUUACACAGCGUAAGGAGGAGUUACAGUAAAGCAGGGUACAUACAUAUGACGAUUACAUCAUUUUUCAUGCCUUAUGAUUUAAGUCGGUAAAGGCCCGAUUAUUCGACGUCGCCAAAAGAUUAUCACGUGGUGUGCUGUGAAUGUUAUUCCCUGUCCCCUGUUCGGCAAACACUCUGGAAAUGAAGAUUGUGACGUAAAAUUGAAUAGCUAAUUCAUAACUUAAUUAUUAUUUUUUUUUUUUGGGGGGGGGGUGUUUUUCUCCUUUGUGUUUUGCGACGAUUUAGAUUCCGUGCUGCAUCUCAAAGGUCAGUCGUGGUACUACGGCUGAUAAUCCCGGGUAUUGAAGACGCGGUAAAAAUAUCGCAGUUAAGACCAUGCAUGCAAUUUUUUUUUCAUCAUGUGUGGGGUCUCUCACAUUAUGUUAGAAAUCGCUAUGUGUGUACCCCGCUUUACAGAUCAUAAAGACAGGAUUUCCCCGUGCGCCGACUGGGAUCUAGCUAGCAACCGCAUAGAGCCAGCGAAUGACUUCCUGUCUCUUUGAUCCUCUCUGAGUGUGCUUUUAGCGAAAGUUAAAUAAUCAGUUGGCUUUAUCAAUUUAGUGGUAUUUCCCCUCAAUGACCAAAAAUACAGACAAACAGCAAAAAAAACUCCUUAAUUCAAGUGCAGCGUAGUCAAGGGUGCGAUGAACACAAUUGACUUGUGGAUUGUGCAUGUGAACUUUGACUUGUGUAUUUUGUACUUUUUGUUGUCAUGCGGCGACGCCUCAUUUUUUUCACGACUAUACGUUCUAUUCUGUUUUGAGUUGAGCCGAUUUUUUUUUUUUUUUUGCAAUGGUUCGAUUUGUCGUUGUUGUUCUGUUUUAGUGUUUGUGCUCAGUCCAAUGGAUUUUUCUUUUUUUUACCCUCAAGUACUGACAAUGCCGGUCGAAGGAUUUGAUGUGUGAGACAGGUCGUCUUGUAAUACCAUAACAGAUUCACAUUGAAUCCAUUUUGUAACUUCUUUAUCGAGGUAUUUCUACAAAAGACGCACUUUUUUAUUUUAUUUUAUUUGUUUAUUUUUUAGGUAUUUCACUCAAGAGAAAUCUACCUCGUAAGGUUUUGAUAGCAAAUAUUUUAAAUGUUGGACUUUUUUUUUUGCACUGGCAUUGGCUCUUAAAUGUUUUUAUAAUAUGCUUUAAUGCUUAUUUUUUUACAGGGUCUUUUGAUUGGCAGCAUUUUGCUGAAACAUUAAUGCAUUUUGAUUUCUUUAGGUCACGACGUCUUACAGAGCCGCAGCCCCGAUGGUCUUUCGGAUACCGUAUUUCCUCAAAUAGUGACCCUGACUCGAAUAGAUGCCUUUUUUAUUUAACCUACGUAGAGUUACUCAAAGUUUGCACAUUGGCUUUCUUUGCAACUCUGUUGCUAACAAAAACAGCAGCAGCUAUUGAAGCAUUUAAACAGUCUCAGGUGAAUUAGUGAUGUACAGAAACCCCCCCCCCCUCUCAAAGUCACUACAUGAGGAAUUAUGGGUGUCAUUAAAUGCAAUGUUCAUUUAAAAUUUUAUCUAUCCAUGGGUCUAUUCUGUUGACAAUUUUUAACAGAAAUUUAUAAUAUUUCGGUUUUAAAACCUGCUCUAAAAUUUGCAACUUGAUUUGCAGUGAGUGUUUGACGCCGCCCCCAAGAGUCUUCAUAAUUGCUAAUAUGAAUACUUUAAAUUAGAACUAUACUGCAAACUAUGAUCCCAAGUUCUCAAACUAAUCUCUCAUUAAAUAUAAAUACCUGGUUAAUAAUUUCAAAGAAAUCUCCCAUGAGUGAACCAUGUUGAACAUUUAAAAGUUGAAACAAACAAAAAAAAAGGGUUCUUCAAAAAUACACUUAUUAAUAAGUAAUAUUGUAAAAUCCACAAAAGACGUUUCGGCGGAAGCUGUAAUUUUCAACUAACGACCCAGACUUAAUUUAGCUCCUCCCGCAGUCAACACGCAUCACUUCAACAUACUUGACACCAUUUUGUAUUUCGUUCGGCGGCGUGUUGUGGCGACAUUUAUAGAUCGGCAAAACUUUUUCGGCAGACAACAGAGGAUUGGUUGCAAGAAUACCCAGACAUCGGGAAAUUAUGAUUAAUGACCCUUGAAAAGAAAACAAAAAGCAUACAUAAUAAUAUAAUGUCUAAUUUAUUGACUUGACCACAAAACAUCAAACAUCAUCAUCAAAUAGUAACGAGGCAGGCUUUGAUUCACUGUUCCUCAAAAAUGUAAAUAAAACACUCGUUCAUUUAUGAGAAAUGUAAAAAAAAAAAACAAGAAAACAAGGAUUCCAAUUUAGUUUUGUUUGAGGUUGUUAUGACCUCCUGUGGCCACAGGUGUCGCCAUUUCUACACUAAUGUCAGGUUUCCCCCCCCCCCCCAGACUCUGGACGCACUUCCCAUCCUAACCUUGAUCCUCCUUUUCCAGCAAAGCGCCGCGAGGACGGCAGUGAACGGACUGUGCACUUUUGAAUCUUUCACUGCUUUACGUUUCUUUUCCUCACACGACCCCCCCUUCCCCUGCCCCUCCCCCAUUUUCCUUUUUUUCAAUGCCAACCUUGUUCAUAACAGACUUUAUGUAUCGAGCAGGGUGGCCGCGUCCCGGAUCGCCACACUGGAUAUGGAGCCAGACUGGUUUACUCUAAAAGCCACUGUACACUUCUCAUAAGAGUUCUUGACGCACUUUUUUUGACAUUCUGCGUUGCGGCGGUUGGAUUUUUUUUUUUUUUUCUUCUCUUUUUGUGAUGGAAAAACACACCGCACUUGUCAACGGUGUAGUUGAUGCACUUUGUGGAAAAUCCAACUUGUUAAGUUUUGGAGCAAAAUUGUUGUUGAGCCAUCUUGCAUUCCGUGUUCAAACUGUGACAUGACAAAAGAAACAAAGAUUAAUGUGCAUUUUUUUUUUAAAGUGGAUGUCUAUUUUUAUAAAAGAAUUUUAAAGACGUGGAAUUGUUCAGUCUGAGAUCACAAAGUGGAAACGAAUUAAAAACUUUUGACACGUGAAAAUCGGCAAUCGUAUUUUUUU